UCACAAAGCUUCGGCCGUCACUGGUGUCACGUGUUCUGGCGAGGGCGUUUCCGCUUCCAGCCUAUCUGCAGAACUUUUUCACGUUUAAACAAAGCUGACUUUCAGGCUUGUUUAAACAUUAAACCCCGACUACACGAGUUUAAACUUAAACUCUUUUAUUUAUGAGAAAUACCAACAGACUCAGACAUUUAGAGCAAGUUAAAUGUCGGAGCAGAAGAACCAGAAAACACGGAAAUGGUGGCUGGGACUGCUCUUCUUGUUUGCUGUCUUCAUGAGAACCCCAGACCAGAAAACCAUCACAGCUGAGUCUGGACAGGACGUCACUCUGACAUGUCGAGCUCCAAACAACAACAUCAUAGGUGUAGAGUGGAGCAGAGCUGACCUGAGAGAUGAAUAUGUCCUUGUGUACCGGGAUGGACACUUUGUUCCACAAGUCCAGCAUCCAUCGUUUAAGAACCGGGUGGACCUGCAGGACAAACAGAUGAAGGAUGGAGACGUGUCUUUGAUUCUGAAGGAUGUGACGAUUAAUGAUGCUGGAACAUACGAGUGUCGUGUUGGUAAGAAACAACCAAACCAAGAGAGACCCAGUUUGAAGCUCAUCAACAACACCUACCUUCAUGUUGAUCCUCCAGGUGAGUGAGUAGAGUUGAGUGUGUGUGUGUGAUCAGAG